AAAAAGGGAGACCAAAUAAGAUCCAUGAAGAAAUAAAGAGUGUUGUCUGUCAAACCGAAAAGAAGAAUAAAUAGUUGAGGCACUGCAACUUUUGUCUCAAGUACCUUAAAUUUACCUUCAACUCUCCAAACAUGGGAGGUUCCACUGACCUCCUUACAUUCUUCCUUUUAUGCUUCUUCACCACUUUUUUCACUCUCUUUCCCACACUUUCCAUCUCCACAGAUACCUUAACAAAAUCCCAAUCCCUCCAAACCAACCAAACCCUCCUCUCCCCAACUGCAAUUUUCGAGUUUGGUUUCUUUUCCUACACCAAUUCCACCUGGUACUUGGCCAUAUGGUACAAAACCAUCCACCAUACAGAUAAAACUGUCGUCUGGGUGGCAAAUCGUGACACCCCACUUCAAAAUUCCAACGCUUUUCUCAAAAUAGACGACAAUGGAAACCUCAUCAUCGUAAACCAAUCCCAAAAACCUGUCUGGUCCUCCAAUCACACAACAACAAUAACCAACCCAGUUCUUCAGCUCUUGGAUUCCGGGAACCUGGUUCUUCGUGAAGAAAACGAGAAUGACCCCACAAGGUUCCUCUGGCAGAGCUUCGAUUACCCGACAGAUACCUUGUUACCCGGCAUGAAACUAGGUUGGAACUUCGACACGGGCAUGGAGAAACACAUAACCUCCUGGAGCACAAACCAAGACCCUUCAAGCGGGGAUUUUUCCUUCAAGCUAGAUUACCGUGGCCUGCCGGAAAUAUUCCUCUGGAACAAGGACCGGAUAAUCUACCGUAGUGGACCUUGGAAUGGCGACAGAUUCAGCGGGGUGCCCGAGAUGCAUCCCGUCACCGAUUCCAUUAAGUUUUCGUUCUUUGCGGAUGACCACCAAGUAUACUACACAUUCUCAAUUGCGAACCACUCCUUGUUCUCGAGACUCUCUGUGAGCUCUGUCGGGGAACUCCAACGCCUCACGUGGAUAGAAAGCACCCAGGUUUGGAACAAAUUCUGGUACGCUCCCAAAGACCAAUGCGACAACUACAGAGAGUGCGGUCCCUACGGAGUCUGCGACACGAACGAAUCGCCGGUGUGUCAGUGCAUCACAGGGUUCCGCCCCAGGAACCAGCAGGCGUGGAAUUUGCGAGAUGGGUCUGGUGGGUGUGUGAGGAACACGGGAUUGGCGUGUGGGAGUGACAGGUUUCUGCAUAUGCAGAAUGUUAAGUUGCCUGAUACAACGUCAGUGUUCGUGAACAGAAGCAUGGGGCUGGUGGAGUGCGGGGAUUUGUGCCAGAGGAAUUGUUCGUGCACUGCUUAUGCCAAUAUUGAGAUUAGUAACGGAGGCAGUGGGUGCGUGAUGUGGGUCGGGGAGCUCUUGGACGUCAGAAGCUACCCUUCUGGAGGGCAAGAUCUUUAUGUCAGAUUGGCGGCUUCUGAUGUAGGGGUAGAAGGUGAUGCUGGCAAGACAAGUAAUACAGUAAAGGAUAUAGGCAUUGUAGUUGGUGUUGCAGGUUUUAUAGUAUUGGCAUCUGGAAUUUUUAUCUUGUGGAAGAAGAGGAAAUUGCAACGUGUAUUGAAAUGGAAGACAGAAAAAAGAGGUUUUUCGGAAAGAAGUCAGGAUUUGUUAAUGAAUGAGGGAGUGUUAUCAAGUAACAGAGAACAGUCCGGUGAAAGUAACAUGGACGACAUAGAGUUGCCACUGUUUGAUUUUAGCACCAUAACAAUGGCUACAAACAACUUCUCUGAAGAAAAUAAACUUGGACAAGGAGGCUUUGGUAGUGUUUACAAAGGCAGGUUGAAGGAAGGUCAGCACAUUGCUGUGAAGAGAUUAUCAAAAAAUUCUGGCCAAGGAAUUGAGGAGUUCAAGAAUGAGGUUAAGUUGAUUGUCAAGCUUCAGCAUCGAAAUCUAGUUCGUUUGCUUGGUUGCAGCAUUCAGAUGGACGAGAAGAUGCUGGUGUAUGAGUACAUGGAAAAUAGAAGCCUUGAUGCAAUUUUGUUUGAUAAAGCAAAAAAAUCCUCACUUGACUGGCAAAUGCGCUUCAACAUUAUAUGUGGCAUUGCCAGAGGGCUUCUGUAUUUGCACCAAGAUUCCAGAUUUAGGAUCAUACACAGGGAUCUCAAGGCAAGCAACAUUCUACUUGACAAAGAGAUGAACCCAAAGAUAUCAGAUUUUGGUAUGGCUAGAAUUUUUGGCACAGAUCAGAUAGAAGCAAAUACGAUGAGAAUUGUUGGAACAUAUGGGUACAUGUCCCCUGAAUAUGCUAUGGAUGGAGUCUUUUCAGUAAAAUCUGAUGUUUUUAGUUUUGGGGUUCUUGUGCUGGAGAUAGUAAGUGGAAAAAAGAACAGAGGAUUCUAUUUGGCAAACAAAGAAUUGAAUCUUCUAGGGCAUGCGUGGAAGUUGUGGAUGGAAGGAAAUGCAUUGGAACUGAGUGAUUCGUCUAUUGACACAUCAUAUUCAGCAGCAGAAGUUCAUAGAUGCAUACAAGUGGGUCUCUUAUGCGUGCAAGAGCGUGCAGAAGACAGGCCGACAAUGUCUUCAGUGGUGUUGAUGCUGAGUAGUGAUACUGCAUCAAUGUCACAACCCAAAAACCCAGGGUUUUGUCUAGGAAGAAAUCCUACGGAAACUGAAUCUUCUUCAAGUAAACUAGAAGAAUCAUGCACUGUGAACCAAGUCACUGUCACAAUGAUAGAUGCUAGGUAGAAAAGAACGUGACCUCAUCUAGCUAGCACACCAGUAUAAUCACUUUAUUUUUUCUUAAAAGUUUAAACAAGGAGAAUCCCUUCUUUGAUAGUUGCAGUGUUUUUGAGGUAUAAUAUGAUCUUGUUUUUUAUGUA